GAAGGCCCGUCCUUGGCAUCAGCAGCAGCAGCUGCUGCUGGAGCAGAUGAGUUGAGUUCAUCCCAAGCUUCAAUCCAAGUGACCAUUGCAUCAGCUAGCUUCUGGAAUGGUGCAUUCCUUUGGGAGGGUCACUGCCUGGAAGAAGGGAAUUAUCUCCUCUUGCCAGUAAAUGCCUUUGUAUUCUUUCUUCAGAUUCACAAAUGGGUUGCUGGCCUUGCUGUGCCAUAUGUAUGGCAGACCUGUUUUCACUCCAAGACCCAAUUUGAGCAAGAUGGUAAAAGAAAUCUCACCUUAGUGCACCAGCCAGCCCACAUAUCAUCAUAUCGCCCAAUGGGCUGGCCAUCGCCCAUGAGCCCAAAGUACAUGGCGGCCCCAAUGAGCUCUCGGUCAAAAGCAAGGUUCAUUCCGCACAUUGGGAACAAGGUCCCCUUAGGAAUAGUCAGGACAGCAUCUACAUACCUUUGUGAUACAAGGCCAAGAAGCAUUUAUUAA